AAAUUGAUGAGACGGCAGUUGAUUUGUUUUAGUCUGACCAAACCUUUAGCAUCAGUGGUACCGCACAUCAACAGCACAUCCAGCCCGAAUCACCAUGCCGGAUUACAAAGUAUACUACUUCAACGUCAAGGCUCUGGGCGAGCCGCUGCGAUUCCUGCUGUCGUAUGGCAAUCUUCCGUUCGACGAUAUCAGAAUCACCCGCGAGGAAUGGCCAGCACUCAAACCAACAAUGCCGAUGGGACAGAUGCCGGUACUGUCGGUGGACGGCAAAAAGGUGCACCAAUCGGUUGCCAUGUCCCGCUAUCUGGCCAAACAGGUUGGCCUGGCCGGUGCCGACGAUUGGGAAAAUCUCAUGAUUGACACCGUCGUCGAUACCGUAAAUGAUUUUCGCCUAAAGAUCGCCGUUGUGUCCUAUGAGCCAGACGACGACGUCAAGCAGAAGAAACUGGUCACGUUGAACAGUGAGGUCAUUCCAUUCUAUCUAGAAAAGCUGGAUGAUAUUGCCCGCGAAAACAACGGUCACCUGGCGCUAUCGAAACUGACAUGGGCCGAUAUCUACUUUGUGGCCAUUCUGGACUAUCUCAACUAUAUGACCAAGUCCGACCUUGUCGCCAACCACCCGAACCUGCAACAAGUUGUUGACAAUGUAACGAGUAUCGAUUCGAUCAGAGCUUGGAUCGACAAGCGACCGGAAACUGAAAUUUGUGCCAUUCCAGCAAUGCCCAUGGGCCAGAUGCCGGUACUGGAGGUUGACGGCAAACGAGUCCACCAAUCGUUGGCUAUGUGCCGUUACGUCGCCCGGCAGAUCGGUCUCGCUGGCGCCAAUCCCGUUGAGGAGCUUCAAGUCGAUGCAAUUGUUGAUACCAUCAACGACUUUCGUUUGAAAAUUGCCAUCGUUGCCUACGAACCGGAUGACACCGUUAAGGAGAAAAAGAUGAUCACUCUGAACAACGAGGUGAUUCCAUUCUAUCUGACCAAGCUUAACGUUAUCGCGAAGGAAAAUGACGGCCACCUGGUGCUGGGUAAGACAACCUGGGCUGAUGUAUACUUUGCCGGCAUUUUGGAUUACCUCAACUAUCUGACCAAGACCAAUCUGCUGGAGAACUUCCCCAAUCUACAGCAAGUCGUGAACAAUGUCUUGGAGAACGACAACAUCAAGGCGUACAUUGCCAAGAGACCGGUGACCGAGGUCUAAUACGAACACACAAAUUUAAGAAAAAACAAACAAACAUUACUUAUCUAUGGGAACGCUGCACGCGAUGACGACAACUUAUUUACGUGGGUAGCGGUUAAGGUUUUUAUUUAUUUUCUGUGCUGUUCAUUUAGGGUAAGUCGCGCGUAGGAACCAACUGUUUGCAAGGAAUCGAUAAAACGCAUCUAUUCCUGCUCAUGGUGGCAUCUUUGAAAAUCCGUAUUUCACAUUUCGUUGAUCGUACAUCUCCAAACAAACUAAAACCUAGCUAGUUAAUAUCCGUACUUUAUAGAGGGUAAAGAAAUAUUUUAAGUUAUCUCAAGGGUCAUUAAAUAAAUCGUGUAAGU